UAGGCGUAUAGUUGCUAGGUAAGAUGACAUGCAUGUAACGUUAGUUGCUAAAACUGCGAAAUAAUUCACUUUGUUGUGUUAAAUUUCAAAACUACUUAGUAGUUGAACAUCAUCAAAGAGCGUUAAUGGUUUGUGAAGUCUGUCUGAGCGCCAGAAGGUGAAUAGGGAUUAAAGGCUCUUUUAACAGCGGGGCAUGCAAGUUAUAUGAGCUUUGUCUCAAGUUCUAACAGGCUAGCUUGCACCAGCUAUCCCGCUCAUGUUGCUGAUACCAUGGACAGUUGAAUGUCAUCUUGGGUUUCAUCAAAUUUCAUCUUGACUGUUUCGUGAUAACUCGGUCCUUAAGAAAAGUGACAGGAUGCUGUGCCUUCGCAGAGCGAUAGUCAGCGCAGGGGCGCGCUCAGCAGCGGCAACAUCCCGCACCCCGGCAGCCCUCACACGCGGCUACAGCACCGCUGCCAAGACGCAGGAGACACCAAAAAAGACACAAUUUGGUCCUUUGAGCGAUCAAGACAGGAUAUUCACCAACUUGUAUGGACGCCAUGACUGGAGACUAAAGGGGGCGCUGAAACGAGGCGACUGGUACAAGACCAAGGAGAUCCUGCUGAAGGGCCAUGAGUGGAUCCUGAAUGAGGUGAAGGUGUCAGGGCUGAGGGGUCGGGGGGGCGCAGGCUUCCCCACUGGCAUGAAGUGGAGCUUCAUGAACAAACCCAGCGAUGGCAGACCUAAGUACCUGGUGGUGAAUGCAGAUGAGGGCGAGCCUGGCACCUGUAAGGACCGUGAGAUCAUGCGCCAUGACCCCCAUAAAUUGGUGGAGGGCUGCCUGGUGGCAGGCAAAGCAAUGGGGGCACGGGCCGCCUACAUCUACAUUCGUGGCGAGUUCUACAACGAGUCCUCCAAUUUACAGGUGGCGAUACAGGAGGCCUACAAAGCGGGCCUGAUUGGGAAGAAUGCCUGUGGCUCGGGGUAUGACUUUGACGUGUUUGUGACGCGGGGGGCCGGAGCAUACAUCUGUGGGGAGGAGACUGCACUCAUCGAGUCCAUUGAGGGCAAACAGGGGAAGCCAAGGCUCAAGCCACCAUUCCCCGCAGAUAUAGGAGUGUUCGGAUGCCCAACGACAGUCGCCAAUGUGGAAACGGUUGCCGUGGCACCUGCUAUCUGUCGCCGGGGUGGCGCAUGGUUUCUCAGCUUCGGGAGAGAGAGGAACUCUGGGACGAAGCUCUUCAAUAUCUCAGGUCACGUGAACACACCAUGCACUGUGGAAGAGGAGAUGUCCAUUUCCCUUAAAGAACUCAUCGAGAGGCAUGCAGGUGGGGUUAGAGGUGGGUGGGACAACCUGCUGGGGGUGAUCCCAGGAGGCUCCUCUACUCCUAUCAUCCCUCGCUCCGUGUGUGAGGACGUCAUGAUGGACUUUGACGACCUGGUGCGCGCUGAGACUGCUCUGGGCACUGCUGCAGUCAUCGUCAUGGACAAAUCUACGGAUGUGAUCAGGGCCAUUGCCCGCUUGGUAGAGUUCUACAAGCAUGAAAGCUGUGGCCAGUGCACCCCCUGCAGGGAAGGUGUAGACUGGAUGAACACACUGAUGUGGCGGUUUGUGAAAGGCGACGCCCGGAACUCUGAGAUUGACAUGAUCUGGGAGCUCAGCAAGCAGAUUGAGGGCCACACCAUCUGCGCCCUGGGGGAUGGGGCCGCCUGGCCUGUGCAGGGGCUUGUCAGGCACUUCCGGCCUAUCAUGGAGGACCGCAUCAAUACAUUCAAGCAGGUCCACCCAUCAGAGGCCGAGAAGAGAAGAGAGAUUGUCUGAUGCUACUGUGCUGCAAUAAUAACAAUAAUAAUAAUAAAUACAUUUCCAUACACUAAUCACACUUUAACAUUUCUGCGCAAAUAUUACAUCUUUCAUUUAUAUGAAGAGCAUUCUGCAUUCCAUUCCAUACUCUGUCAUUUAUUUUGGAAUCGAACUGUUACAAAUAAAGCUCUGUAAACUAA